GUGAGAGUGAGUGUGCGAUAGAGAGAGAGUAAACCACUGCCAAAGCCGAUUACAGUGUAUCAGGACUGCGACUCUGUGUCCACUUAAGAGGGUUCUUCCCUCUGUGAGCGGCACGCCUCUCGCUUUCUCUCGCUUUUCAUUUGUUUGAUUCUAAAAGCGAAGGAUGGAUUUAUUUGAGUGAAUGCGGGACUCGGGCAUCUUUACUAUGAGUUCCUCUGCAGAAGCGCUUCCGUCAGCGGGGCAACUUUUCUAUGCACCACGGCGCCGCUGAGCCGCCCGUCGCUCUGUGGCAAAGUUUCCACGCAAGCCCCGGGGAACAUGGGCUCGCGGUGAACGCACCGGUUGUCGCACUUUCUUUUGUCUACACAACAGUACGACAACAUGCAAAAGAGCGUCCGCUACAACGAAGGGCAUGCGCUAUUUUUGUCGGCGGUCGCGCGUAAAGAUGGGACUAAGCGCGGCUACCUGAGCAAGAAGACGGCGGAGAAUAGCCGAUGGCACGAGAAGUUCUUCGCCCUUCACCAGAAUGUACUGUUCUACUUUGAGAACGAGCAAAGCGCGCGCCCUGCUGGGAUUUACCUGUUGGAAGGAUGCACCUGCGAGCGCGCGCCGGCUCCCAAGAUGUCCACCACUGGGAAGGAGGCGCUAGAGAAGCAGCACUACUUCCUCAUCAUGUUUGGUCAUGAUGGACAGAAACCACUGGAGCUACGGACAGAGGAAGAGUGUGAGUGCGAUGAAUGGGUGGAGGCCAUCCAGCAGGCCAGUUACUCUGACAUUAUCAUCGAACGAGAGGUGCUGAUGCAGAAAUACAUCCACCUUGUACAGAUCGUGGAGACUGAGAAGGUGGCUGCCAAUCAGCUGCGUACUCAGCUAGAAGAUCAGGACACUGAAAUUGAGAGGCUUAAAGCAGAGAUUAUAGCUCUGAACAAAACUAAGGAGCGCAUGCGGCCUUACCACGUCUUCCAUGAAAACGAUGACCCGGAUAUCAAAAAGAUCAAAAAGGUUCAGAGUUUCAUGCGGGGAUGGCUCUGUCGGAGGAAGUGGAAGAUCAUUGUUCAGGACUACAUCUGCUCUCCUCACGCUGAGAGCAUGAGGAAGAGGAACCAGAUCGUCUUCAAUAUGGUGGAGGCAGAGACCGAGUACGUCCACCAGCUCUAUAUCCUGGUCAACUGUUUCCUCAGACCUUUGAGGAUGGCUGCCAGCUCCAAGAAACCCCCCAUCAGCCAUGACGACGUCAGCAGCAUCUUCCUCAACAGUGAGACCAUCAUGUUCCUUCAUGAGAUUUUUCAUCAAGGCCUGAAGGCGAGGAUAGCCAACUGGCCAACUCUGGUGCUGGCUGACCUAUUUGACAUCCUGCUGCCGAUGCUAAACAUCUACCAGGAGUUUGUGCGUAACCAUCAGUACAGCCUGCAGGUUUUGGCCAACUGUAAGCAGAACAGAGACUUUGACAAGCUGCUAAAGCAGUACGAGUCCAAUGCUGCCUGUGAGGGGAGGAUGCUCGAGACCUUUCUCACAUACCCCAUGUUCCAGAUUCCUCGUUACAUCAUCACCUUGCAUGAAUUACUGGCUCACACCCCUCAUGAGCAUGUGGAGCGCAAGAGUCUUGAAUUUGCCAAGUCCAAAUUAGAGGAAUUGUCCAGAGUAAUGCACGAUGAGGUGAGCGACACAGAAAACAUCCGUAAGAACCUGGCUAUAGAACGGAUGAUUGUGGAAGGUUGUGACAUCCUGCUGGACACCAGCCAGACAUUCGUCAGACAGGGGUCUCUGAUCCAGCUGCCAUCGGUAGAGCGAGGGAAACUAAGCAAAGUCCGCCUGGGCUCCCUCUCUCUGAAGAAGGAAGGGGAAAGGCAGUGUUUUCUCUUUACCAAACACUUCCUUGUUUGCACACGCAGCUCUGGGGGAAAACUUCACCUUCUCAAGCAAGGUGGAGUUUUGUCCCUUAUUGACUGCACACUUAUUGAGGAACCAGACGCUAAUGAUGAAGAGUCAAAAGCUGGUGGUCAGGUGUUUGGUCAGCUGGACUUUAAGCUUGUCGUAGAGCCGUCAGACUCGUCUUCUUUUACUGUGGUGUUGCUGGCGCCGUCACGACAGGAGAAAGCUGCCUGGACUAGUGAUAUUAGCCAGUGCAUAGAUAAUAUUCGCUGUAAUGGCUUGAUGACCAGUGUGUUUGAGGAAAACUCAAAAGUCACAGUGCCUUAUAUGAUCAAGUACAUUUGUUUAUCAUCCCUCCAUAUUCUUAUCUUAAACCAUCCUCUAUCUCGUUACAUUUUGUGUCAUCCAUGUCCCUUGUCUCUCCAUAUCCCCUCCAGCUACAGGAUGCAGUACCACUCAUUUGACCGUCUGUCCAUCUCACCCAUUUGUUCUGACUACAGUCUGAAGAUCAAGAAGAUUGCCAUGGAUCAGUCCAAGUUCUCCUCUCCGCCUCCUCUGUCCAUCCCAUCCCGGACCACCUCCCCCGUCCGAACUCGAAAGCUGUCCCUCCACUCCCCUAUCACCGCCAGAGUCGGGGGCCUUGAUCUGACCAGUCCUCUGUCCAAUUACAGUGUCAACAACAACACUUCCCAGUCUGCUGGCAGUAGCCCCACAUCUGCUCAGACACCAACACCUCAGACCCCAACCCCAACUACUUCCUCUCCUCCCCCCCCUCCCUCUUCCACCUCUCCUCCACCGAACAAUUCUAAGCCAACACAAGACCAAGUUCCUCCUAUUCCCUCCUCGCCUGACCAGAGUCCCUGCUCAACUGCAGAGGGAGAGGAUGUCCCCAGAAUUGACCCCUUCUGUGGAAAACUGCGACGGAGUAUACGCAGAGUCCAGCCAGGGGAGAACUCACGCUGCUCAGUCUCUCCAGCUUCAGCCUUCGCUAUUGCCACAGCAGCAGCAGGACACGGUACACCACCAGUGUUUACUAACUCUGAAAGAACCUGUGAUAAAGAGUUCAUCAUUCGCCGAGCUGCAACUAAUAGAGUUCUCAAUGUUCUGCGCCACUGGGUCUCCAAACAUUCACAGGACUUUGAGAUGAAUGGAGACCUUAAGAUGUCAGUGAUCUGUCUCCUGGAGGAGGUGCUUAGAGAUCCAGACCUUCUGCCUCAGGAGAGGAAAGCUACUGCGAACAUACUAAAUGCGCUUUCUCAAGAUGAUCAGGAAGAUGCCCAACUGAGAAUAGAAGACAUCUUACAGAUGGCGGACUGCCCGAAGGCAGAGUGUUUUGAAUCUCUCUCAGCGAUGGAGCUGGCUGAACAGAUCACUCUGCUGGAUCACAUCGUCUUCAGGAGCAUCCCUUAUGAAGAGUUCCUGGGCCAGGGAUGGAUGAAGGUCGAUAAGACAGAAAGGACACCUUACAUCAUGAAAACGAGUCAGCACUUCAAUGAUAUGAGUAACCUGGUGGCAUCGCAGAUUAUGACCCAUACUGAUGUGGGCUCAAGGGCCAACUCCAUUGAGAAGUGGGUUGCUGUGGCAGACAUAUGUCGUUGUCUGAACAACUACAACGGAGUAUUGGAAAUCACAUCCGCACUCAAUCGAAGUGCUAUCUACCGUUUGAAGAAGACCUGGGCUAAAGUCAGCAAACAGACUAAAGCCCUGAUGGACAAACUGCAGAAGAUUGUGUCCUCAGAAGGGCGAUUUAAAAAUCUGAGGGAGACGCUGAAAAAUUGCAACCCUCCUUGUGUGCCAUAUUUGGGAAUGUAUCUAACAGACUUGGCCUUUAUAGAAGAGGGAACACCAAAUUUUACAGAGGAGGGUCUUGUUAACUUCUCCAAAAUGAGGAUGAUAUCUCACAUCAUCAGAGAGAUCCGACAGUUCCAGCAGACGCCGUACAGAAUAGAGCAUCAGCCCAAGGUGACCCAAUACCUUCUGGAUAAGACUCUGAUCAUGGAUGAGGAUACACUUUACGAUCUCUCCCUGAAGAUUGAGCCCAGGCUUCCCGCCUGAGUUAGAGCUGUUUGUGGCCUGUGGGAGCCUGCUGAACCUGGACCCCCAAAAGGGCAAAACGCCCACGUGAUCUCAUCAAUCAAGAGAAAGUUGGAAGAAGAAUUUUCAGAGCAACUUGGAAAUAGAAUGAGAUUUGGUCUAAGGAGACAGAUAUCGAUGCAUGCGGUCAGUUGAACAUGUUUGAGAGCUUUACAAGAGAAAGGGGAAUAUAAGAAUGAGAAAUGCACCUGUAAGGUUGUAAGACAGCUCGUCUUCGAGGGGAAAGGGAGGUUGCAUUGUAUGAAGGUUUUAAGGAAAUUGCAUGUCAUUGUCUGGUGCACAUGGCAUCACACUUCCUGAGGCAGCCUGAGAGUCCAGGACAGGGUGAGAGAGAGGAGUUAAUGGAUGUAACAGAGAUGUAGCAUAUACAGAUAGUGUGACAGAGAGGUGUUUGAGCUUACGUCUCUGUACUAUUGUCUGUGUUCUUUUGCCUGUGCAUUUUCCGUGCCAUGUCCUGUGGAGCAAGACCCCUAAAAUGCUUUCUGUCAUGAAGGUCACUGCAUAAAACUUGCAUGAAUUAAGCUUAGGAUGUAACUGUCUAAAUUGCCUUCAUUCUGACCCCUGAUCCUCUGCUUAGCAUGCACCGCUUUUGCCAGGGUGACUUCUUAAGCCAUUAUGCAUCCUCAGUGGGCUGAAUGCGUCAAAAGCCUUUAAACUUUCACAUAUAAUGCAGAAAGACAAAAACGAAACACAAAAUGUGAUAUAUUUUAAUGAAUUUAGAUUUUUCCCUUGUUAAGCAAUUAAUUCUAUAUUUAUUUGUGAUUGCUUAAUUUGGUUGACUUUUUUUUAAAGAACAUAUGAAUGAUUAAAAUUAAAACAUUUAUUCAGUGCCUUCCACUAGUGUAGGUCAAUCUCCCACAUUCCCAAAUUGAAAAUUUGCAAGCACAAAGUUUUAUAUAAAUUCAAAUUUAAAAUAUUAAAAUUUUAUUUAAAAUAAAGACUGUAAUUUUACUCAUUCAUUUCCUUUUUUUUAAGAUCAUGUAGACUAAACAGUAGCAUGUCAGUGUAAUGUAGUAAAGCCAUUGCAGCAUCCAAUGAGCAUAUAUCUCCCUCUACUGUUUAAAUAUUGUUAUAACCUCUGCUAACACAAAGCUUUGCAGCAUGUGUGUGCAAUUUGUUUUUUGUUUUUUUGGCAUUUAUUGACUGUCAGCUGGGCUAGUGGGUGUCAUCAGGCCUCUAUGUGUAACUGGGGCGACUACAGUCUAAACUGGGACAGUACACAGUGCACUCCCUGAGAUGUAGCUUUGCUUGAUUGAAAGGGUGAUCAUUAUUUACCAUGCUAUUUAUUUCAGAUGCUGUAUUUAUAUUAUUUUUUGUAUAUAGUGACUUUACACAUAUUGUACGAUUGAAGAAGAAAUACUUGGAAUUGUUAUGCUGUGAAUACUGAUUUUAUUGUUGUUGUUGGGUUUUUUUUCUUUGUCUCUCUGGUUUUCAUGUUGAAUUUUAAUUUUGCAUCGGAGGCUCUUGUAUAGGAAAAAAAAUCUGUUCAACUUUAUUCUAAAAAAAUGCCUUUCGAAGGUUAAAAAAUGUAGCACUUCAAUAAUAAGACAUUGUUUUCUGUAUUAAUGAUAUGAUAAGUAUAAUUGUCCUGCAUGCACACAACAGCUGCAUGUUGUGCAUGUCUGACUGGACGCUUCCUUUACCUUCUUCCUCUGCUUCUCUAUAAUAAUAUAGUCUCUGUAGCUGUCAGGAAAAAAAAAGAAAGGUAUAAAAACAAUACUUUGUCCAUCGAAUCAGGCACGUUUGUCUCUUAGUGUACCUCACAAAGUUAAGCCUCUUGGCUGUGUCUUCUGCAAAACAAGCUGUUGUUAUGCAGUAGCAGUGUUGCAACGUUUCUCACAGAACAAUAACCUUAUUCAAAAUCAAUUAGAGGAAAUGUUUCAGACUUUGCUCUUGGGAAAACUUGCCCUUUUGCACUGCGUCUGUAAUUCUGAGUGUCUGUUUCACAUUAAAAGUGUGGGAAUACAGUAUCCUAUGUUUGUAUUGUAAUAUUAUCUUCGUGUUUAUUUGUUUGCAUUUUCAUGUGUGGGUGCAGGGGAAAUAAAUUCAACAUGCCUUAUA